UCGAAUCAGUCGCGCAAAGAAAGCUGUGCCAUAACCAUUAUAUAAAUUAAAACAAGAGCUGCUUCAGGAUACUUAUAAGUGAUAUUUAUAAUAAGAAACAAGGAAAAAAAAGUGAUUUAUUAAAAAAUUUAUUUAACCUUUGGAGUUACAAAAAUGAAUGUAGAUGAGUUUCAAAAAUAUGGCAGGGAAGUUGUAGAUUAUAUAUGCGAAUACUCUACCCAUAUUGAAGAACGUGAUGUGGCUCCCACUCUAAAUCCUGGUUAUUUAAAAAAAAUAAUUCCAGCGGAUGCCCCACAAUCGCCCGAAUCAUUCAAAGAUAUUCUCAAGGACUUCGAGCAAAAGAUUAUGCCAGGCAUUGUACAUUGGAAUCAUCCCAAAUUCUUUGCUUAUUUUCCGUCGGGGAAUUCAUUCCCCUCUAUUUUAGGUGAUAUGCUAAGCAGUGCUAUUGGAUCAAUUGGAUUCAGUUGGGCUAGUUGUCCAGCUGCCGCCGAAUUAGAAACAAUUGUUAUGAACUGGUAUGCCAAGGCCCUGGGUCUUCCGAAGGCAUUUAUUUCAGAUGCACCAGGCAGUACUGGCGGCGGAGCAUUGCAAGGAUCUGCUUCGGAAUGUGUCUUAGUUUCGUUAAUAACAGCUCGCGCCAGAGCAAUAAAUGAAUUGAAGGGACAAACAACGGUCCAUGAUAGCGUUUUCUUGCCCAAUCUUAUAGCAUAUGCCAGUCGAGAAGCUCAUUCAUGCGUGGAGAAGGCCGCUAAGAUGGCAUUGGUUAAAUUGCGAAUCGUUGAUGCUGAUGAGCAUGGACAAAUGCGAGUUGAUUUGCUACAACAAGCCAUUGAAAAUGAUGUGACCGCUGGCUUAACACCAUUUUUUGUAGUAGCAACUGUAGGCACAACGGGAGGAUGCGCUUUUGAUGAUAUCACGGAGAUUGGUAGGGUUUGCCGACGAAUUUCAAGUAUUUGGUUGCAUGUAGAUGGAGCCUACGCGGGAAAUUCAUUUAUACUGCCCGAAAUGCGUACUUUUUCAGCUGGGCUUGAGUUUGCGGAUUCCUUUAAUACAAAUCCCAAUAAGUUGCUAUUGACUAAUUUCGAUGCAUCAGCACUUUGGGUGCGUGAUGUGAUGAAUCUGAAAAGUGCUUUGAAUGUAAAUCCUUUAUACUUACGCCAUGAUCAUAUGAAUGGCGUGGACUACAGACACUAUGGUAUACCAUUAAGUCGCAGAUUUAGAGCUUUGAAAUUGUGGUUUGUGUUUCGCAUAUAUGGUAUUAAAGGUCUUCAAGAGUAUAUACGCAACCACAUGGCUUUGGCUAAAAAGUUCGAAAUGCUGGUACGCAAGGAUGAACGUUUCGAAGUGCGUAACGAUGUUCAUUUAGGACUGGUCUGCUUCCGAAUGCGUACUGAUGAUGAGUCCAAUCAUUUACUUCUCGCUCAGAUUAAUCACUCAGGAAAAAUGCACAUGACUCCAGCGAAAUUUAAUGGACGCUAUGUUAUUCGUUUUUGUGUUACAUACGAACAUGCAACCGAAAAAGACAUCCUUGAAGCUUGGUGUCAAAUUAAAAACUUCGCCGAAGAAAUCUUACGCGAUGCAAAACUGGAAAUCGGUUCAAUCCCUAAUUCACCAGAUUCAUCGGAACGUUCAAGCUCAGAACCAGCAGCUAACGCCCUUGCCGGCGCAGGCAAACCUCCAAUCAAAAAGAAGCUUACGCGUACCAAAUCCUUGCGUUUUUCUUUCACACGCAGUAUUUCUAGAGAGCAAUACCAAAAUCAAACUGAACACUUAAUGGAUGGAUGUACCCCCAUUUUAGUUGUUGAUCCAAAAACCAUACAACAGAGCUUUGAACAAGCCACAGAAAACAAUGAAAGGAACAAUAAUAAUCAAAGUAAGCUAAAGUAUAUCUCAGAUGUAGACACAGAUGACGCGAGUAAUUAAAAUUAAAUUUAAUAUGUCACAUCUCGCGUUGAUGUACAACUAGUAGAUAGUAUUAAAAUUACUGAGCUGAAAUGAGGCCUACCUAGUUAACAAUUUUGUUCUCCGUUUUAGCUUAUUUAUGAAUUCAAACGCAUACAAACAUAUAUCAUAGAACAACAUAGAACAAACAUCAUAGAUUUUUGUUAUAUUUUUUAUGUUUGUCAAAAAUUUAUUAAAAAAAAAAAAAAAAAAAAAAAAAAAUUACUACGCAAAAGAAAACACAUGACACAUGAUCAAAAUUGGCAUUUGUUACUAAAGCUACUCAAAACUGUGCACAAUGUGCUAACCAAAUGUUGAAUGAAGACGGGAAAUGUAAUCGAUUAGAAUUGUUGUUUUGGCAAAGACCAACGAGAAUUAGAAUGGGUGAAAAUAAUUUUAUUAUCGUAACGUUGCAGGUGGGACUUUGGAAUGUACAUGUGUAUGCAUGUACAUACAUGUCAUAUAUGAAUAUUAUGCUAACUUAUAUUUUACAUAUCUAUGUAAGAUGUGGGGGCUUUAGUUUAUGAAAGUCAAACAAGCUAAUUUCGUAUUUUUACCACGCCAUGUUAUACUAUAUACCUUAGACUAAAUCUAACGUAAAGUCGGAAAGUUCCGAAACCACCAGCCAAGUCUAUAUGUGCGUCUGUCCGUCCCUCCAUAAAUAUGACCUAGAUGCAAACUUGCAGAAUUACAAUUUUCACAACAUACAACAUUUCACAUAAUACACUGGUGAAGAGCUUAGAAUCAACCAAAGUUAUGUAAAGCUUGAAGUGGUUUUGGUUCUUUGUAUUGAUAAAACUGGAAGUCCUUCCAAAACGUUAAUAACUCUGUUUAGGGUCUAAUUUUUUUAGCGGUAUUUUUCUGCAAAGUGCGCGACAACGUGCUAAACUCAGAAUACGAUCUCGUCAAAAUACUUAUGCCGAAAAUGAACAUGAGUGAUCAAACAAUGCUUUAAAUGGUUUGGAUGAGAAUAAAAAUGGGUGAGAUGAUCAAUCACAGUAUUCAAACGAAGCAAAAACGAAGUGAAUUAGUUUGCAUUUUUAGAAUUGAGUUCAUAUAUUUUGAAUCCUGCUUUUUAUAUUAAUCUAAUUAUUUAUAUUUAUGGGCAUCACCGAGACAGUUUAAACAAAACUUAAAAUGUUUAUGUCAAAAUAAUAUUUAUUUCUUAUUAGUUUCAUGUGGUAUAUAUUCAAUCUCUAUCCUCGAUAAAGGACAAAUAAGUCUUUAACAUUUGUGUAUGUAGCAACACAAACGAACUGCGAAACAUUUCCUUUCUUUACACUAAAAAUAAAGGGUAGUUGUUUCAAAAAA